AUGUGCGGUCCACGUCGCUCGUCUCCGCUCGGAGCCCAGCGCCUUCUCGUAAGCGUUCUGCUGGCGCUGUCACUCGCCACGAGAUCGGUGGUGCGGUGCUUGCAGCUUACGGAAGACUUGCAGAGGUUCGUGACAACGCUCGAGCGGUAUGCAAGGACGAGGAACGACAUCGUCUUCGUGCUCGACGAAUCUGGCAGCAUCGGCGAGGAUAACUUCCCGGCCGAAGUGGAAUUCACUCAGUUGACGGCGCGGUUGCUGACGGUGUCGCCGGACUUCUCCCGGGUCGCGGUGGUCACCUACGGCAGCAACAACAUGCUGCACUUCAACCACAUUUCCCAAGGCGGCAGCAGCAUGUGUGGCUUCCUAAGCGAGAUCGAGAAGAUCGGAUAUCGCGGAGGCAGCACCAGGACCAAGCACGCGCUUGAGUACGCCGACACCCUGUUGCAGGGUGGCCGUUCCGGCGCCAACAGUGUGGCAGCCACGCCCCCUUUCCAGAAGGGCGUCAUUAUAUUUGCGGUUGGAGUCGCCAACAUCAACCGUGCCGAGUUGGAGCAGGUGGCGACAUCCCCCGCACACAUCUACAUGCUGACAAACUUUCCCUACAUCAAGGAGGUGAACUUCGACCUCCGGAAAGAUAUCCACGAAAGCCAGUGGGACUCCGUGGACCUAUCCAAGUGCCGCGAUCAGUCCGGGAGCUGCGACGUGAACGCCAUCUGCGGCUGCGGUGCCCGAGGCGGAAAUUAUCGAUGCAUCUGCAAAGAGGGAUACGAAGGCGCUGGGACGAGCGGCACAUGUCGACGUUGCCCACGAGGUUCAUACAAGAAGGAGAUUGGUUACGAAAAUUGCAAGGUGUGUCCGGCCCAGUCAACGACGUCUGACGAAGGCGCGAACAGCUUGGCUCAGUGCUUGUGCAUUCCUGGCUAUGAGGGGAACCCCGGCAGCAACGUACCCUGCAGCCCCAUCAAGUGCGCGAAGCUCUCGGAUCCUCUUGGUGGAAGCACUCUGCCUCACCCAUGCGGUAACGUAUUCGAUAGCAAGUGCGACUUCAAGUGCAGCGAAGGUCACUGCCCUUAUUCGUGCAACAUGACUGAAGUUCUGCGCGGCAACUUUCCUUGGAAUAGCAAGUCGGGAGUGCCGCGCGUCUGCCAGGCGAACAAGGAGUGGUCCGGAAGACAGUUCAUUUGCGACAAGGUCCGCUGUCCAGCGCUCAGCGCUCCGCCCAAUGGAAACAUGAACUGCUCGAGCGACACGUUCGAGUUUGGCACAACGUGCGUGGUCGGGUGCUCGGUGGGUUACAACCUCGUCGGCAACCCAAGCCUUACCUGUGCGACUAACGGCACGUGGGUUGGCCAGCUGCCAACGUGCCAGGUCGUUACAUGUCCGCACCUCAAAAGGAACAAAAGAAUGCAGGUCAACCCCUCUCGAUGCCAAAACGAGACAAUGCCUUACGGUUCGACAUGCACGUUUACGUGCGCAAAAGGCUGGCGACUUGUUGACACAAAAACAAAAACUGCAGUCGACGGCAUCAGAAAGUGCUUAGGGAACGGAAAGUGGCAAGGCGCUAACCAGAAGAUAACAUGCCGAGACGUGGAACCGCCCGAGAUCAAAAACUGCCCUGGGGAUAUAGAAGUGAACAACGCACCUCACAGUCCCUUCUCGUUUCCUGUGACGUGGAACGAACCCAGUGCCAAGGACAACUCGAAGAAUGCUAGCGUGAAACUAAUAUCUCCAAGUUACGUUACAAGUACACGGGAAUUUCUCAUAGGAGAACACGUUAUCCAAUACGUGGCCGUGGACGGCGAAAGACAGGAAUCCAAGCCGUGCUCUUUCAAGGUGACUGUACGAGAUGUCGAGCCGCCAACAUUAACAGGCUGUCCUGAAGACAUCGUCCGCUACUCAGCGGCCAGAAGAGCGAAAAUCUCAUGGGAGGAACCUACUUUCACGGACAACGGAGGAAAAGUGACCGUCACCUUGGACAGGCCACCUGGCAAUUUCAGCUGGGGCCCACCGAGCGUGGUGAACUAUACUGCGCGUGAUGCAUCUGGAAACACUGCAUGUUGCACAUUCAAGGUCAUCUUGAAACCCUACAAGUGUCCAUACCUACGUGCUCCUCGCAAUGGUUACUUGACGUGCGAUGCGGAUGAGCAGCAUUGUAGUGUCUCCUGCGCUGAUGGCUACAGCUUCCACAAACAGCCAGAACCUCUAUACCGCUGCAAACAAAGGGCCAAUAGAAAUACCGCAGAAUGGUUUACGUUUAAGGGGAAAAAGGCAAAAUUGCCCUGGCCGGACUGCUCAGCACCGACAAGGAGCCCGAAGGUAAACAUCACCGUCGGCGCCACCUACAAGACAAAUUCCUGCCAGAUAAGCGAGGAAAGAAUGAAAGCGCUGAAGGAGAAGUUCUUAGAGAAACUGAGAGAAAAAAUGGGACACAUUUUGUGCGUUCGCAACAAUACCUGCUCCGUUGAAAACGUGUCCCUCAAUUGCACGUCCAGGAAUCCUUCGAGCAGCACAGGUGGCGCGACGAAUGGCCAGCGGUUGAAGAGGUGGUUUACAAAAAGGCAGGCUCAGGACGGAAGCGAAGACGGCGAGUUCGACCUCUCCUUCUCGUUCGACCUUCCUCUGGAUACCGAUUUUAACGCCACGGAGCUGAUCGAACGUUGCGAGGACUGCAAGAACUCUAGCCUGGUCCCCCCGAGCGCAGUGGAGGAGACUGCAUUGACGCAGGUGAUGAAACAAGCUUUGAACGAAGCGUUCAACGAAACAGUCGCCAAAACGUUUCCUGGUGCUACUCUUGUGGGAACCACACAUUCGAUAAAGUCUGCGUGCGGUAGAGGUCAGGUGUCCAACGGACUGCUGUGUGUCAACUGCCCUGUUGGAACCUAUUACUACGAGAGCAGCUGCGUGCCGUGCCCCAUUGGAAUGUACUCUGACAAGGAAGCGGCUGAAUCCUGCGUUCCGUGUCCGGGCAACAAGACCACGCUGGAAGGGUGGGCUGGCUCCGAGUCCGAGUGCCUAGAUCUGUGCGCGCCUGGCACGUGGUCGACGACCGGCAAGGAGCCCUGCAUCGCGUGCGGCCCACAAUACUACCAGGACGAAGUUGGCCAGCUCUCGUGCAAGCAGUGCGCCCAAGGCUUGUCGACGGGCUACUGGGGUGCUGCAUCAUCCUACGAAUGUCAAGGUGCUUGCCAGCCCGGGAUGUACUCGCUGAACGGUCUAGCGCCGUGCAAGCCAUGCCCCAUUGGCGAGUAUCAGCCAGCAGCGAAUCAGACUUCAUGCCUGAAGUGCGACGAUGGACUUGGAACGCGUACCACAGGAACGGGGGAGAAAUCUGGCUGCGUAGCAAUCAGCUACUGCAACGAGCUGCAGCCGUGUGCCAACGGAUCGACGUGUGUGGACGAGGCGACCGGCUUCAGUUGCGUGUGCCCCGAAGGGCUGCGCGGACCACGCUGCGAAGAGAAUGUGGACGACUGCGAGCCGGGAAUAUGCCUUAACGGUGGCACGUGCGUCGACGGCGUCAACACGUUCAGUUGCCUGUGCCCUCCCGGUUACACGGGCAGCGCUUGCGAGACUAACGUCGAUGACUGCGCUUCAGGGCCCUGUUUUAACGGUGCCACCUGCAUCGACGGCAUCGACAAGUUUGCUUGCAAGUGCGCGAAAGGUUUCACGGGCAAGCAGUGCGAGGCGACCUUCCAUGAUUGCGCGACGGCACCGUGCCGCAACAAUGGAUCGUGCUUCGAGAGCAUCACGGGCUUUCGAUGUUGCUGCCCGAGAGGAUUUCACGGUAAGACCUGCGAGCUGAAGGAACACGCGUGCUUCCCAAACCCUUGCCUGAACAACGGCUCGUGCACGAGGAGAGGAGACUCGUUCCGGUGCGCAUGCGUGCCGGGCUUCCAGGGGCGUCGCUGCGAGAGGGAGGUGGACAACUGCGCUUUGGCACCCUGUCAUAAUGGCGGCACGUGCAUCGACGGACUUGACUCGUUCACGUGCCAAUGCCACGGACUCUACACCGGCCCGACUUGCACGGAGGUCCUGUCGUCGCAAUUCACGUUGCACUUUCGGGAAGCCUCCGUGCUGAACUACGCCACGGUUCCCGUAAAACGCUACCUCCGCGCCCUGACGAUCUCCUUCCACAUGAAGACGACUCAGACAAAGGAGCGCGGUACGGUGUUCUCGUACGCAUUCGCCGACCCGCGUACCAACAAAGUCCAGGACAACGCCUUCACCAUCUCAGACCCCAACAAGUUGCUUCUCUACGUGUACGGCGAGAGCUACGACACCAAGGUGGUUGCCAACGACGGCCAAUGGCACCACUGCGCUGUUACUUGGGAGAGCUCGGACGGUCAGUGGAUCUUCUACUGGGACCGGCAGGAGAAGGCGCGCAACCACAGAGCUGCGGGCGAGGUCGUGCUUCCCGGAGUGCUCGUGGUGGGACAAGACCAGGACGACCUGGGAUCGGCCUUUAGCGGCAUCGAGGCGUACUCCGGGCAUGUGGCCGAGCUGAACGUGUGGGACUACGCCAUGUCGCCCAGCGAAAUCAGGGAAAUCUCGCAAGCGUGUCGAAUAGCUGGAAAUGUCGUCUCCUGGCCCGAGCUGCGCCUUGCUGCCACGAACGGCAUUGUGUCUGACGGCGACUGGGAGCUGUGCAAAGAUACUUACAGCGGCCAAGGCAAGAAGCAGGAAAUAUCGUGCCACAUCGCAUCUGCAUCCAUUGAGGAGCGUACAAGCUGUUCCAGACGAGUGGGAUCCUGCAGCACAAGUCCAUGUAAGAACGGCCAAUCGUGUGUCGACAGGAGCGACGGAUCGGCGGAGUGCGUCUGCAGUGCAUCGUACGAAGGCAGAUUCUGCCAGUAUGACGUUGACGAGUGUUUAAUCGGAAGGCACAACUGCUCCCAUGUGUGUGUCAACGUGCCGGGCUCCUAUAAGUGUUCAUGUCCAGAAGGGAUGACGCUCAGCGACGAUGGCAUCACGUGUGUGGACACAAGUUACUGCACCGAUGUUUUGUCGGCGUACCUGGACGGCGAGUCUUGGCAGCGUGGGUGUGAGAACUGCAAGUGCAACAAGGGAGCGGUGCAGUGCUCUCCUUUGAGUUGCCCUGCUUUGAAUUGUCCCGCUGGAGAAAUUAUGUCCAAGAACCCGUCCCAGUGCUGCGAGUCCUGUAUCAGAGAACCCCCGAAAUGCACCUUGCUGCCGAACAACACUCUCGUCUCUUUCGACGGCCUCUCUUUCGCACUGAACACGAAACACGAUUACGUCCUGUUUCAAGACUGCUACCACGGCAAAUUCUACGGCUACCUGCAUUACCAAGGAAAUGAGGUCGCGGUUCGCGUUUACAUACACUGCCUCACCGCUACCCUGUUCACGAGUGGCCGGGCCAUGGUAGGCGACCGCCAAGUACAGCUGCCGCACCAUGAGGACACCAUCAUGUCUCUUGGCACCGGCAGUGGCAGCGAAGCCGUGCAACUGCGCACUCAUCACGGCCUGGUUGUUACGGUGCGCAAGGACGGCGCCAUUGUGACGUCACUUCCGGACGGAUACACUGGCAAAGUGUGCGGCCUGUGCGGUAAUGCCAACGCGGACGUCCGAGAUGACUUCACCACCAAGCACCACCUCGGCGCCAAGGAUAGAUCGGAGUUCCUCGCAAGUUGGAGUUUGCCCACCCCUGUCCAGCGAGGGCAUGACAAAGCGCACUUAGGCUGCGCUAAUACACCACGCCACGUCGCUGCCAAAGUUACAGAGAUGUGCAGAUUUUUGAAGAACGACAAGCGUCUAGAAGCCUGUUUCAAGAGUGUUGAGAAUCCACGGCCAUUGCUCAAGAUGUGCUCCCAGCGCAUGUGCUCUUGCUACGAGAGCCCCUACUGCUAUUGCGACGUCCAAGCAGCACUGAAACUUGCCUGCGAGAAGUACAACGUGUCGUUAAGCCACCUUCCCGGACAAGCUUGCGAAUCUCGUUGUCCACCGGGUAUGGAGUUCAACACUUGCGGUCCGGUCGUCACGCCUCGAUGUUCACCACACAAUAAGAUCGCCCAUGGACCGUGCGUGCCGGGUUGUUUCUGUCCUGCAGACCGAGUCCUGCACAAAGGCAGAUGCAUAGAGAAGCACGAAUGCCCAGCAGACUCAAUGAGCCGGUUUAAAAGGACUUGAUUUGUCAUCGCUGCAACAUCGAACCUGUCAUCAUAUUGCCAUUGUCACUGGUGCUCAUCUUCGCAACGCUGGCCCUUUCUCUCGGAAAAUGAGGUCUUGCUAAAAUUACAAAAUUUAUCACACUUUCAUUGCGUCACUGUUACUUCUAUUUGAUUGUGAAUGGAGCUGAAUAAACUUUAUUUGUGAAACUGUUAUUACAUCUGGUGCCCGGGGUU